AUGCGACUACUUCACACGGCCGACCUUGAGCUUGUCGAGUUCUUCGAUAAUGCAAUCCCUGAAUAUGCUAUCCUUUCUCAUACUUGGGGCGAUGAAGAGGUCACUCUCCAGGAGAUGAGACUCUGCAGGACAGUUGGCAAUUGGAGGUCUUCUGAGGGCCUUAGCCAAAAGAAAGGGUACGCCAAAGUCAAAAAUGUCGCUAUGCUUGCAGCUCAAGAUGGCUAUAAGUACAUCUGGGUCGACACUUGCUGCAUAGACAAAACAAGCAGUGCAGAGCUACAGGAAGCAAUUAACUCCAUGUUCAGGUGGUACAAGAGAUCGGCGAGAUGCUAUGUCUACCUCGUGGAUGUGCCACCUGCAGAGGAGGAACGGCCCGGAGCGGCGGGUUCCCAAUUCCGCCACAGUCGUUGGUUUACACGGGGCUGGACCUUGCAGGAACUAAUUGCUCCUCGUGACCUGCAAUUCAGAGCGAGAGACUGGAGUUACCUGGGCAGCAAAGAUGAUCAAGACAAGUUCAUUGACAUCCUCUCAAAGAUAACGAGCAUCGAAAGCUCCAUUCUUCGUGGCCGAAAACGUCUGGCUCAGCUGUCAGUGGCUAACCGCAUGCGGUGGGCGUCCUACCGACAGACGACAAGAAGCGAAGAUAUCGCCUACUCUCUAUUGGGAAUAUUUGACGUCAACUUGCCUCUACUCUAUGGCGAAGGCAAACGUGCCUUUAUGAGGUUGCAGGAAGAGAUCAUCAAAAGAACAUCAGACCAGUCUAUCUUCUCGUGGACGUCUUAUGAGCCCGCGGCCGACGACGGACGCAGCCUCUACGGCCUUUUUGCUGAAUCACCGAUUCAAUUCAAAGACGCCGUUGGAAUUCAAAACUUCCCACCUUCUCCAACGACGCAGAGCGUUCCUAUAUGCAGGACAAGCCACGGUCUCUGCGUGCAGAUCUAUCUUCGGCCUGAUCUGGAGUCAUACUAUGCGACUGGAGCCGAAGACUACUUUGCGAUCCUCGACUGUUUCGUCAGAAUUGGAGAUCAGGAAUUCUGCCCGGUUCUGUGGCUCAGAAGGCUGGGCUAUGAUCAGUACGCUAGAGUGUGGCCGGGAUACCGGAAGCUGUUAUCCCCGGUGGAUUACCAGGUUCCUAGCCAUAUCGAAGGCUAUCGAACGAUUUAUGUCAGAGAGAAGCCGGUCUACCAUAUCCCAGAGUUACGGAUCCCGGCACCCGUAGAUAUCGUCCCAGCCGACGUCCUGGACGGGUCCAGCACCAUCUACCAGUUCGAAGAGGCUUUCCCUGAGGAGCGUUGGAACCCUGACACAUUGACUUUAAGACCCGCGUUCUCUAGGAACACCGAAAUUGUCGGUAUUUUCAGAUUCCAUAACUUGAUGAAGCGAGAGCAGAAGGUUGAUGUCGCGGUUGGGCUGAAUCAAGUCUUCACUAUGAAGUGGGAAGCCUGGUGUUUCCAGCGUCGCUGUCGCGGCGAGUCGUUGAAAGCAGCCUUCGAGAAAAUCAACGCGGACAUAAAACAACAGGCAUGCCAGGAAGACGCACCACAACACUGGUUCAGCCUCCAGUUCAGGUUGGGUGAGGACGCCCUAGUGCUUUCCGAUGCGAGGAUUACGGCUGUUCAGCUACAAACUCGAAGCUACUUCUCUAUAUCAGUGCUCGCGAAGCCCGAGAUCUGUACCAUGCGGGAACUGAGCCGGAUUGAUGAAUUGGCCGAGCCGCUAGGUAUCAAGAUCUACCACAAACACCUGAUGGCUCGUUUUUCUAUUCAAGACCCGCUUCAUACGCACAAUUCACUUGCGGCCGGAGAACUCCGUGGUGUUCGCACAAGGGGAGCCCAGAUGUCAUCCAAGGAUUGGAACGCCGGUCACAAGAUAGCAAAGCUUUUCCUGGUUGAUGGCGAAGUGGAAAGAGGCCAGGUUGCAGGCCAUUUACACUCGGCGGUUGCUAAGGGUGAUGCUCGACUAUGCCAUCGUAUUAUGGAUACGAUUCCCAAUGCUGCUUCUCACAAAAUACACGGCUGGACACCAAUGCAUCUCGCCGCCGCGCUAGCAAAUCUAGAUGUGAUGCGUUGCCUCCUCAGUCACCCAUCAUUACAUUUAUAUGACCAGAGAACACAGGGCUUGCUCGAAACACCCCUACACUUGUUGGCAGCAUAUGCUCCUUUUGAUAGACAGUGCAGCGGCCUUCAGCUCUUCUGCGCUUAUCUACCAUCCGAAGAGAGCCUGACAUAUCUCUUCUCGAGGAAUGAUAUCGGAGAAACCGUCCUGCACCGGGCUGCAGCCGUUGGCGCUGACCAGCUGAUCAGACUCUUCAUCAAGCUUGCCGAUAAAAGGAACGCAGCGUAUAACCGCAACGCUGGUUUUCACAAGGUCGUCGAUACCUUCAGGUCAGACUUUAUCCGCCAGGUUGACUACGUCGAUAACUAUGGCAGGACCCCGCUGUGGCAUGCCGCCGUAGGCGGAUCCUGUAGCACCAUUCUACUUCUACUAGACUUUGGGGCCCAGAUCAACCUGGGCGAUGACUGGGGACUAACCGCACUACAUGCAGCUUGCCGCGAAGGACAAGAAAGAGCUUGCUGUUGCUUGUUAAAGGCGGGUGCGAGCCCACACCUGGAGACGCCAACGCUCGGACUCAAUCCAGUUCACUACGCCGCUUUCUUUGGGCAUUCCAAUUGCCUCGAGGCCUUACUCUCAUUCGGAGCGGACGCUGACGCUGGCUCCGAGGUAAAACCACUUCAUCUUGCCGUGGCAGCAGGCCAACUUAAAUGUGCGCAGAUGCUUGUCUCUGCCGGAGCAAGCGCAGCGCUGUCAGCAAAAUUUGUCCUGGAGCCAGACGAGGAUGGAACUUCAACACGCCUAGUGAGCUCGGCGAAGACCCUGCUCGAGAUAGCUCAACUUCGGGGAGAAAGAAAAAUGCUCCAAUUCGUCAAGGCUCUCAAGCAGGAAACUGGAGACGGAGCAAAGCCUGAACGACGUUCUCUGCAACCGUCGAAUCCCAACAAGAUUUCACGUGGAGUAAACUCCGAGCGAGCGAUUCAGAUCCAGGCAAUGUUCAGCCAAGCCACAGCCACGGUUUCCCAGUCGGGGUAUACGCCAUUCUUCGUUGCGCCUUCUACGGGGGACUUUUUGCCAGUUGCCGAACUGACCGCAGGAAGGGGAGUGGUUAGCAACGCUCCAGGUGUUCCCGCAAUGAGUUCCAGUGCAGAUUUAGAGAGAACAUAUAUCACAACUACGGCUCCCGUUUCCGCCACGGGGCAGCAGGAUCACAGCUUUACAGCAGAGGGAAUGAAUCCAGGCGCUAGGAAUACUUACCGCAGAAGAAGGGGUUUUGCAAAUCUAUUCCGCUUAGGGUUGCAUACUAAGAAGACUUAA